AUGCCACGUUCAUCUAAAAAACAGCGACCUAAUAAUCAAGCAGAAGAAGCUGAAAGUUCGUCUACUGCAUCUUCAUCUGACAAUGAUGAAGAUCAAGAUGAACCUAUGGAUAAUAAUCCACAAGAAAAUAUUCAAAUUGAUUUAGAAGCUCGUUCACCAAUUGAUACCGAUCAUGAUGCAGUACAUUAUUUUCUCGAACAAUCAUUUGGUAAUGCAAUAAAAAAAUCUGUACUUGAUUUAAAUCAAUUAACUACUCAAUUAAUUACUCAACAAACAUGUGGUAGUGUUUUUUAUCAACCAUUAGAUUCAACAAUGGAUGAAACUGACGAUGAAGAUGAUGAUAAUCCUGUUUUAGGUAUAUGUUCAAUACUUCGUUUUGAUCAACAAUAUAAUAAACAAAUACAAGCAUGGUUAUUAGAUAAAUGUUCGGAUAAUGAACAAGCUAAAGAAAUUCUUAAAACUUCAAAAUGUGGUUUAUUUAUCAAUGAACGUUAUAUGAAUAUUCCAGCUGAUAUAAGUUUACCUGCUAUACGUACACUUCGAGAAGAAAUUAUUCAUCAAAUGGAUUAUUGGGUAAUUCAUUCAAAACUACGUUUACAUAAAAGUGAUUCAAAUACAAUUUAUUAUGUUAAUGGUGAAGAAGAAAUCUUUGAAAAAUAUGCAACAGUAUCAUGUGAUUAUUAUCCUGUUCAAUCAACUGAUGGAGAAUGGACACAUCGACGAAAAAUCAUGUUUAUAUCGAGUAAUAAACUCGAUCAAAUCAGUUUAGAUAUUGAGCAAAAGUUAAAACAGUAA